AUGCACAUGAUAUCACUUUUAGCACAUGGCAUGAUUUUACUUGUAUUACCACCUUUUAUCAAAAAAGCAAUCCCGCUAUUCACUCCACCUACCUGUGAAAUCCAAGAGAAUGAUAAAUAUUUUGAGGAGUGUAUAACAGAAAUCAAUAAGCAGUUGAGGGAUUGUGGUACAUUACGUCCGGAUAGCUUAGAAGCUAUGUGUAAUGAGUAUGUUGCGUCAAUACUCUAUACCGCACUCCAUAUCAUCAGGGACGAUACAAAGAAAGAACUCAGCAUGCGUCCUCAACAUGAAAUUAUUAGAGAAAAAAGUGAAAUCUCUCAGGCAAGUGAAGUCCCUUUUACCAUCGAAUUUAACAAUAAGGCCUUGGAUGAGAACUCCGAAGAAUGCAAAACAUUACGUAAUGCUCACGCCAUGCAUCAAGGUGGCAGUGCUAAAAUUGAGUACCACACAGUCAGUUUUGAUAAGACCAGGAUGUUUGGCUGGAUCCACCAGACGCAAGCCCCAAUUCAUGAUUUGCAAAAGCAAGUCGAAGAACUAAGGCAGAAAGCUGCUCAACAAGCUAGUGAAGCAUAG